CCGGAAGUUUAAUUAUUAUUGGGGCGAUCCUCCAUAGAUUCAGCUUGCGCUGCAGUGCUGAGCUGAACUCAUUCGGCGCCGAGAAUUACAUUGCAGUGUAAUUAACGUCAAAUUAAAACAAACGAUUUAGUUGAAAUAAUUGGGUCAUCAUCGAAUAGGGAGCGGCACUUCUGCACACCUUUGAGCAGCAGUAUGAUGCAGGCAGGAGUCUGUCUGAGACAGGACACUGAGACAACACUACCAGAGCUCACUGAGCAGCACAGGAUCAGACAGAAAGAAGAGGAAUUCAGUGGACUGGAGUUUGUCCACAUGGCAGAGUCAGAGACAGUGUGUGCUGCACCAGGACUCAACACACUGGAGCCAGAGUGUGUUACAGCACACAGCGGGGUCAGUGAUGUACACCACACACACGCAUCCCUGAUUAAAACAGAAACUGAUCUUGGCUGCAUCCACACUAAGAAUUUAAUGAAGACAGAGAGCCUCGCCACAGAGCUGGGAUAUGUAACCCAACUGCAUCCUGACCAAAUCAAAACAGAGGCUGAAGAUGGAGGAUACCUUAAAGCAGAACACAUCAGUGACUUGCAGGAUAUUAAAUAUGAUGAUGUUAAAUGUGAACAAGUGAAGUGUGAAUCCAGUGAAUGUUUAAUGAGUGACAUCAGGAAUACUGUGAAAUAUGGAGCUGCUGUUGAUCACAAACACCAGCCUGAACCAUGGCAGUGUGCAGGAGGUGGGGACUUAAAUCAUCACUGCAAUGUAAAUAAUGAGAAUAAUCAGACCACAGUUAUCCACAACAGUGCAAACAGUUGCAAGAAACGUAUAAAUUGUCUGAGAACGAAUGGGAUGGUUGAACGCAUGAUAAUUAAUUCAAGUAAAAACCCCAGUCUUUUGAAUUUCUUUCAAAAGAAGACAAUUCGUAGAAAUAAAGGCGAAAUUCAUAAAGGUGAAAAGGCGUUCAAUUGUGCACAGUGUGAGAAGUGUUUUGAUACAAAGUCUAAUUUAAAGACCCACCUGAGAAUUCAUUCAGGUGAAAAUCCUUAUACAUGUUCUCAGUGUGAGAAGUGCUUUAAUACAAAAUCUAAUUUAAAGACCCACCUGAGAAUUCAUACAGGUGAAAAGCCAUUCAAGUGUGCACAGUGUGAGAAGUGUUUUAAUACAAAAUCCUAUUUAAACAGUCACCAAAGAAUGCAUACAGGUGAAAAGCCCUACAAAUGUAAUCAUUGUGGGAAUGGCUUUUCCCAGGCAUCUAAUUUAAAUACCCACCUGAGAAUUCAUUCAGGUGAAAAUCCUUAUACAUGUUCUCAGUGUGAGAAGUGCUUUAAUACAAAAUCUAAUUUAAAGACCCACCUGAGAAUUCAUACAGGUGAAAAGCCAUUCAAGUGUGCACAGUGUGAGAAGUGUUUUAAUACAAAAUCCUAUUUAAACAGUCACCAAAGAAUGCAUACAGGUGAAAAGCCCUACAAAUGUAAUCAUUGUGGGAAUGGUUUUUUCCUGGCAUCUCAUUUAAAUACCCACUUGAGAAUUCAUACAGGUGAAAAGCCCUACAAAUGUACUCAUUGUGGGAACUGCUUUUCCCAGAUAUCUCAUUUAAAUAGCCACUUACGUUUUCAUUCUGGUGAAAAGCCCUACAAGUGUACACAGUGCAGUAAGUGUUUUCGUACAAAAUCUGAUGUUAAUUUACACCUCAGAAUUCAUACAGGUGAAAAGCCAUACAAGUGUACACAGUGCAGUAAGUGUUUUCGUUCAAAAUCUGAUUUUAAUUCACACCUGAGAAUUCAUACAGGAGAAAAGCCAUACAAGUGUGUGCUAUGUGAGAAGUGUUUUCAUACAAAUUCUGAUUUAAAUAAACACCUGAGAAUUCAUACAGGUGAAAAGCCAUACAAGUGUACACAGUGUGAGAAAUGUUUUCGUGCAAAAUCUGAUUUAAAUUCACACCUGAGAAUUCAUACAGGUGAAAAACCAUUCAAGUGUGCACAGUGUGAGAAGUGUUUUAAAACAAAAUCUAAUUUAAAUACUCACAUGAGAAUUCAUACAGGUGAAAAGCCUUACACAUGCUCUCAGUGUGAGAAGUGUUUUAAUACAAAAUCUAAUUUAAAUACCCACCUGAAAAUUCAUACAGGCGAUAAAGCGGCAGUGUAGUAUAAUGGGUAAGGAGCUGGGCUUGUAACUUAUUCGAUUCCCGGAUAGGAUGCUGCCGUUGUAGCAAGAUACUUAAUCUGCACUGCGUCAGUAUAUGUCCAGCUGUAUGAUUGGAUGCAAUGUAAAUGCUAUGUGAAAAUGUUGUGUAAGUCACUCUGGAUAAGAGCGUCUGCUAAUUGCCUGUAAUAAUAAGUGUGCUUCGUGUGAAAAGUAUUUGUAAUAAAAAAUCAAAUUUAAAUACCCACCUGAGAAUUCAUACAAGUAAAAAGCCCUACACCACGAGCAAUGUGUUUUUGUGCAAAAUCAGAUGUGUGGGAAGUGUUUUUGUAGAUUUAAUACACACCUGAGAAUUCAUUCAGGCGAAAAGACCUACACCACGAGCAAUGUGUUUUUGUGCAAAAUCAGAUUUUAAUAUACACGUGAAAAUUAAUAGAGGUGAAAAGCCAUACAAGUGUACACAGUCUGAGAAAUGUUUUAAUAAAUAAUCUGAUUUAAAUAUGAACCUGAGAAUUCAUAGAUGAGGAACCAUCCAUAUGAACACAGAGGCAUAAGUGUUCUAACAAAAAAAUCUCCCUUAAAUACACAAAAAUGCGAAAUGCCCUACACUAGGGAUUUGUAUUUGUAUCUGUGUUUGUUUAAACAGCAUAAUUAUUUGUAUUUUUAUUUGGAUAACAACCGAAAGUGGGUGUGGGAGGGUUUAACAUGGAAGCUGCAUUAACUGCCAAAAAUCCCAGAUAUUUUUUUCCAUUAUUAUUACUGGCGCUGCUAUUGUCGAGACAUUAAACCAUUUAAGGCGUGGUUUUACAAUGACAUCAACAAUAAUCAAGUUUAAGAACAUGUAAUUUUCUUUUUAAAGCUGUAUUUAACUAACAAUGACCUAUAGGUUAUAUAGCCAUAACAGGCUUCUCUAGCACUGAAGUAAACAAACAGUCAAAACCUAGUUACUCAUUCUUACUCUGGACUGCAUAGUACCUGUAUGAACCCCCCCACCUGAGCGCCACUGAAGUCUAUAAUAAACUGGAAAAAUGCUUUCAUAAUUUAAAAAAUAGUUCCUCAUUUUCAUUAUGAACUACUGUAUGCAGUGAACCCCUAAUUAAAUUUUUGAAAACUACACAAUGUAAGGCUAAAAUGUUUUUUUGAUUUUUGUUUGUUAAUAGUUUUUCUUCCCUCUUUGUUGAAGCCCCACUUUACCAUUAUGUUUUGUUUGCAUAAGCAUUGGUAAAUUAAAGAAAAAAAAAGGCUACUUAACCUGCAUUGCUUCAGUAUAUAUCCAGCUGUACAAAUGGAUGCAAUGUAAAUGCUAUGUAAAAUGUUGUGUAAGUCACUCUAGAUAAUGCCUGUAAUGCAAUUGCUCACCAACACCCCUGUAGUAGCCGCUGCCUUGCACGGACGUUCACUACGUAAUGUUUUAAGUCUUAACAUCGCAGUACAUGUCACAUUUACCACGAUUCCCGUCUUGCUAUGCCCACACUGUAUGACGAGGCAACAGCACAAGGUCACACAUUACGAGACAACGGACGGCACGUGUUGGCAGACAACGAAAAGAGAAGUUCGCCAUGGAUGAAGAGCAAGUGCCAGAAGUUAUCGGCAGUGCCUUUAUACGCGUGGAAAAACACAAAAAAAAAAAAAAAAAGAAAUCCAGAAUUUGGGUACGUGAGUGGUUGCCUCGUCUUCGCCAAAACAUAGACCAUUGGUAGCCUACAACAAAGAUAGCUGGAUUAAGAAUUAAAAUAUUGAUAAUGAGGACACAAGCUUCAUUCUUCUUAAUAUGGCUAUAACUGUUCCAAUUUUAGCUUUAAAAUGUUGUAGAUGUGUCAGCCAUACAGUAGGCCUACUUUACUUUGUCGCGAUGCAGGCUACAAUUGUGGGUUUAUGAAAAAUCAUUUCAGUAGCAUCAUUAACGUUUCUUUUUUGCACCACAUAAGCAGCAAUCUCAUUGGCCAAUGUGACAAAUUGCCUUGUCUUACCUGUCACACUACAAGAGGAGCAACUAAAAUAUCCACCAUUUGAACGUGAUCGGUGUGUUCCAGACAGGAUCGAGAGAAUGGGACAGCCAUUUAACGGAAGCGCAAUGACUCACGCUACGAGAGCAACAGUGCUCCUAAAGAAGCUUGCACUGUGCGGUUUUAACUCCAGUCUUUAAAAUUUUGGGACAUUCAGUUUCUUCAGUCUUGUCCUCAGAAAGUGAAAAGCAUGUCCAAUUGGAUUCAGGAUGGGUGACUGACUGGGCCAGUCAACAACACUCCACUUUUAGACCGGGAAAAGCUCCUUGGUUGCUUGAACAGUAUGUCGAGAGUCAUUGUCCUGAUGCAGGGUGAAGGAUAAGCCACUGAGUUUUGAUGCUUAUGGAUCUUUUGGUUGGAUUUCAGCAGACAAGGUGUUUCUGCACAGUCUAGAAUUAAUCCUACUGGUGCAGUCAUCGGUCACAUCAUCAAUAAAGAAAACUGAGCCAGUUCCAGUGGCAGCCAUGCACGUGCAAGCCAUAGCACUACCAUGAAACAUUUGUUUGUCCUAAAAAUUAUGAAGGCAUAUUUGUAUGAAUUAUCAAGUAGGGUAUUGGACACUCUGUUGGCAAGUCCAAUUAUCUUUUUUUCAAAAACACUUUGCACACUACAUGGGUAGGGCAGUUUUUAUUUCAUACAAAGCAUUUAGUGUAAAUUUCAUGCGCUUGUUUGGGAAAAACAUUUGCGACACAGAAGAUUUGUAGGCCUUCUCACCUAUACAUUCUCUAGAGGAUAUUAAAAAUAAGAUGGUGUUGAAAAGCUCUUCCAAAAAUCAGAACAUUUUUAUGGCUUUUCACCUGUAUGAAUGCUCUGGUGGCUAUUUAGAUAAGAUAAUCUGGAAAAGCACUUUCCACAUUGAGUACAUUUGUAGGGCUUUUCACCUGUAUGAAUUCUCUGGUGGACCUUUAAAUGAGAUGCAGACAAAAAGCACUUCCCACACUGAGGACAUUUAUAGGGCUUUUCACCUGUAUGAAUCAUCCUGUGAUAAUGUAAAGAACUUUUUUGAGCUAAACACUUCCCGCACUGCAUACAUUUGUAGGGCUUUUUACCCGUAUGAAUCGGCGCUGAUUGUCUCCAAUGUGCGUGGCUGAAGCUGUGUGAAACAUAUUGCGGACAGUAGAGUUAAGUAGAACGGUGUGAAUCGUUGGAAGCUCGAACAGUGUGAAGGGAGCCACGACAAGAACAGCUUCCGGUUGGCGAAAGAGAGACACAUUUCAUAAUAAAAGUUUGUAUUUACCUUCGCAUACAACUGCUUUAAUUAAUGAAGGACAUCUGAAAUGCUGCUACAGCUUAAAAUAAAGCAUGACUGAUCUUUUGUUUCACGUUUAAAUCCUGAUUGAGAUAUUAAUGGGCAUUAUAUUCUACAACAUAAAUGACACCCAUUAAUAUCAACCAUAAAUUUCUAAGCUGUCAUAUGCUUUAAUUGACUAAGUUGCUAACAAGACUUUAUAUUGAAACAAGAAAUGGUUGCAUUCGACCAACUUCAUGUGACUGCCACUCAAAUUCCAUACUAGUCCACCUUUACAAUAUUUGCCCUGACAGACACAGUUGGCAUCCUACAGUAGAGGAAGAAGUUCUUGAUGGAAUGCUGAACAAAUUUCGAUCUGGCUCUCUAGAUGUUUGUCAGUAACUCUGGCGUUAUAUUUGGAAAGAUGCUGAACUGUUGAGUUAUUUGAAUGUAGUGCCACAUCGGGUGCCACAAAAAUAUAGGUCAAUUAGCCCUUUGCACAAUGAGCAUGACUGAUUGUCAAUAUAUUCUGAACCUAUAUAUUUUAUGUUGAAAGUUGUUCAUCAACAAAACAUCUCUUUAAGUUUUUCAAUGGAAAUUUAAGUAAUAUGCAGACUCUGAUGGUCUCCAGUGAUAAAACAUUGAUCAAAUGUCUUUGUUUGUUGUCUACAUCUAAAUGAUAGUGUAAUGCUUCCUUUUGCAGUUUAUGAGUACCUCUAACAAAUUUUAUUUUUCUUCUUCCUUUUCAUGCCCUUUUAAGCUUGUUAAUUAUCUCUAUGUUUAUAUAUUCUAUAUGUUGUAACCAUUGCCAUAUGUAAACUGAAUAAUACCUUUUAAAAAAAAAGUAAAUAUAAAAAAUUGAGUAUGACACACACCCGCUUUAGGAACGUCACGUCUGUUUACCGUGUAUUCAAAUGCUCCCUUCGUCUUCCUCCUUGUACUUCGGUGACAUUUGAAAUAGUUAACUUUCAUAUACCGUUAAAUAGUGUCUAUAGCAUUUAGUGUCUCUUUGCAUUUAGUGUUCAGUCAAUUUUUUAAAGCAGUUGUUGUUCAUGUAUUAUCUCUGGUGGGUUUACCUUGCUGGCCAGCUAGUUUAGCAAAUCCCUUUUUAUACUGAACUUUUGGAUGAGCUGCUAAGAAUGAAGUUGACUGAUGUCCAUAGUCUUGCUAAAAUGAAUGGUGAAACUCCUUCAGUCCAGGAUAAGGGCUUUAAGUUGCAUGUUUAGAUUUUAUAUUUACCAGAUAUUAUGCACAAGUACAUCAAUCACACAGAAGAGGUGGUUUUUUAUAUAAAAUUUACAAUAAAGACCCCACCCCCAGCAAAAAGACAUUUCGGGAACAAUUGAAAUGCCAGUCUGAACAGUGUGCUGUCUGAAAAAGCAGCACUACAUUGUGGUUGUAAAGGGGCAGUCCCAACUACACAUGAAGAGCGAUGUUGUGUAAUUAUGUAAUUAUGUGUCUGAGAGCUUCAGGACAACAUACCUAUGAAAAUCAAAAGGCUUAAAUGACUAUAAGGGAGUGUCAGUUUCAUUAAUUAUUUCAGGCGUAUUAACAGAUAAAAAAUCAUGUAAAAACUCCAGAGACAGUCCAGAGACUAGGUUAACAUCACAAAAACCUCAGUCAGGUCUAUUUAAAUUAACUUUAUCAAAAUGCUGAUUGUGCUGACUGACAUCUCAGUAUUGUGAACUGAGUAUACAUACUCACCCUUAUAAUUGGAAGACAUAAAUUGAUACAUACAAACUAGCCCUGUUCCAGCAUCAAAUAAGGAGCUUUACUGCUCACUUUAGCAAGAUGAUGGACAUCAAUCUCCCUCAUUUUUGGCAGCUCAUUGAGGCAUCAAAUAUAAAAAGAGCCAGAGAAAGUUGUUAUAGGCUAACUAAGCUAGCCAGCUAGCAAUGCAACUGAAAGGGCACCGGAGAUAAUAUACAAACAAAAGUUAAAAAACUGAUUGAACGAUAAAUGAAAAUGAACCUAAAUACUAUUAAACAGUUUAUGAAAGUAAACUGUAUUUAAAAUGUCACUGAAGUACAAGCAGGCAAAAAAGCAAGCAUAUAAAUUUAUGAGGUGGCAAACUACGUUCCUAAAGCUGAUGCGUCACACUCGGUUGUGCAAGAGAAGGAGAGGUCCAUUUUUAUCAUGCUGAACUUCAUCUAGAAAAGGUGUCAAAUCUCAGCAAAAAUAUCUGGAUGGAUAGGGAUGGUAAGUGAAAACAUACUUCAUUCCAUUUUUGGGUGAACUGCCACUUUAACUAAUUUAACCACCCCCCUUACAAAUUCUCAAGUGUACAUCCAAAGCAGAUUGGGAUUUUCACCUUUAUGAAUUUUUAAGUGUAUAUAGUGUAUAUCCUGCAUUAAAUACAGUAAAGAGCCUCACAUCCAUAUAAACGUUCUGCUGGAUAUUUAUAUCAGAUUUUGUUAAAGUAACUACCCGGACUGAGUAUCCUUGUAGGGCUUUUCACCUUGUAUGAAUCAUGUGGAAAUUUGAAGCAUUUUUUUGGGAAAACACUUCCCAUACUGAGAACAUGUGUAGGGCUUUUCACCUGAAUUUAUUCUUAGGUGUCUCCUUAAAGUAUAUACUGUAUUCAGGGGUUAAAUUUGGGGUGGACACGGUAGGUAAUUUCAUUAACAUAUAAUUUCAUCUAUGCAACAUUUUAAAGAGAGAUGAAUAAAUAGCCCCCACGAA